CGUGUGUCAUGGGACUAUUCUCCACUUUGAGGGGAGCGACCCGGCGUUGCUCCGGUCACUUCCUCACCCGUCAUUUCUCCCAAGGAGCACUACGUGGGGAGCGGCCUGGCGGGGAGGAGCUAAGCCGCCUGCUGCUGGAUGACCUGGUGCCGACGCAGCGGCUAGAGCUUCUGUUUGGUCUGUCCCCAUGUCUGUUGGCUCUGCAGGCCGCCCGCCGCCGUGUGUCCAGACUCCUGCUCCAGGCCGGCAAGGCCGGGCUGCAGGGGGAGCGGGCUGACCUGCUCUGGGCGGCCGAGGCGCGGGGCAUUCCGGUUCUGCGGCCCAGACGGCAGAAACUGGACGCUCUGUGCAGUUACCAGGUCCACCAGGGCGUCUGCUUGGAGGUGAGCCCACUGCAGCCCCGGCCGUGGACUGAGGAUGGGGAGGUCAACCCAGACGACGACCCCCUGCAGCUGUGGCUCGUCCUCGAGUCGCUCCAGGAUCCUCGGAAUCUUGGGGCCGUGCUGCGCUCCGCUCACUUCCUCGGAGUGGAUAAGGUCAUCACUAGCCGGAGAAACAGCUGCCCGCUCACUCCAGUAGUCAGCAAGGCCAGCGCAGGGGCUAUGGAGGUGAUGGACGUGUUCUCCACUGAUGACCUGUCCGUUUUUUUACAGGCCAAAGCCCAGCAGGGCUGGCUCGUGGCUGGCACAGUGGGCUGCCCAAGGCUUGAGGUCUCUCAGUCCUCCAAGGUCCCUAUCACUAGUUGCUUGGAUUUCCGCUGGGACCGGCCUACUAUCCUCGUGCUAGGGAACGAGGGCUCUGGUCUAUCCCAGGAAGUGCAGGCCUCCUGCCAGCUUCUCCUCACCAUCCUGCCUGGGCGCCAGCUACCUGUUGGACUCGAGUCUUUGAAUGUCUCUGUGGCUGCAGGAAUUCUUCUUCACUCCAUUUGCAGCCAGAAGAAGGGUUUCCCUGCAGGGAGGGAGAUGGCACCUUCUCCAAGACCCCCAAGAACCUGAGCCAUGUCUGAAGGACUCAGAGUGGCUCAGCAUCCAGGGCUGUCUUCAGGCUUGGCAAAACAGAGGCAAAAUGGGAGCUGACCUGGACCAUGCAUGUUGCACAUGUGCUGGAGUUGGGAUGGUUGCAUACACAUCACAGCCUCUAGUGUGCAGGGGGAGUCUCCACCUGAAUGUGCACCGAGGUCCCCUGUUUAUUGACCAUAGUCUUAGGGGGCAAAGGACUUAGGGGUGGUCAGCAGAGGAAGUUCACUUUCCUGUUUGGAUGUUAGGGCUGCAGUAGGAGAUGGUAGUUUGUUAAUUUCCAAGAUGGGCUGAGAUGGAGGCAGUCUGUCCUCCUGAGCCCUUCCUAGAAGUCAAGGGGAAGUCUAGACAUUAGAAGUGUAGCAGACAGCCCAGGCCAGGGCUCCCAUUCCCCUGGAACCAGUUGUUGUCUAUGGCAAAUGGGAGAACAAAAACAGUGAUUUCCAACCAGUGUCUCAUGGUACACUGGUGUGCCGUGAAAAUUUUGAAAGAUCAUUAAAUUAUUUUUGAAAGAA